AUGGUAGCUGCAAAGCGCGUCGCUGUCAUCGGAGCUGGCCCCGCCGGUGCCAUCACCAUCGAUGCUCUUGCGCAGGAGAAAGCAUUUGAUGUGAUCAGAGUCUUUGAGCGGCGAGAAGGCCCUGGCGGAUGCUGCCCAGACCCCAAAGCUUCCGACUCCUCGUCAGAUUGGUCUGUUUCUGUGCACGGCGCCGAUACGCCCUUCCGGCACUGGUCACUAGUGCAAGAUUAUGUCCGAUCUCUUGUCGAGAGAAGAGGCUACCAAGACUUCGUGGAGUACAACACCACUGUCGAGAAAGCUGAGAAGGAUGAACGCAGUGGGGAGUGGAGGCUUACUCUACGCAAAGACGGUGAGAAAACAGAUUACUGGUGGGAGGAGAGGUUCGAUGCUGUCGUUGUGGCAUCAGGGCAUUACAGCGUGCCUUACAUUCCAUUGAUCCCGGGUCUUGGGGACUUUGCAAAAAGGAAACCUGGAAGUGUGAUCCACAGCAAACACUUCCGUGGCCGUGAUGCUUACAAGAACAAGAGAGUUGUCGUUGUAGGCGCUUCUGUUUCUGCAGCAGACAUCGCCUUCGACCUGACCUCGACUGCUCAAGCUCCGGUGUAUGCUGUGACUGUUGGCCACAACUUCAACGGCUACUUCGGUGGGGAAGCAUUCAACCACCCGAAGAUUACGAAGGUUCCCUCCGUGUCGCAUAUCGAUCCUAGAACCCGCACCGUACACUUCGCCGACGGCACUUCCGUCGCUGAUGUUGACAACAUCAUUUUUGGAACUGGCUACACCUGGACCUUGCCCUUCUUCGAUUCGUUCAACAGUAGUAGAACAGCGCCAAAGCCAAAGAAUAACCGAGUGCCGGACUUGUAUCUGCAUGUCGUCUAUCGGCCAGACCCGACUUUGCUCUUUGUUGGGGCUGUCAAUGCCGGCUUGACCUUCAAAAUCUUUGAGUGGCAAGCUGUAUUGGCAGCUAGAAUACUCGCUGGACGGGCGAAGUUGCCACCAGUGGAAGAGCAGAAACAAUGGGAAGAUGAUCGCGUGGCAAAGCGUGGGGACGGAGCCAAGUUUGCUUUGGUGUUCCCUGAUUUUGAGAAGUACUUUGAGACUGUCAGAAAGCUUGCUGGUCCUGCAAGUGGCCGGGGCAGAGGACUUCCACCAUUCAAUAAGUUCUGGUUUGAACGAUUUAUGGCCGGCCAUGAGCGACGUAAAGAAAUGUGGAGGAGGCUGAAUGCGGAGGCCAGGGAGACUUCAGAGCAAGGAAAAGUAAGGGAAGUUCGCGCCAAGUUGUGA